AUGGUACGCGCCGCCACCAUCGUGCCGGCUGUCUCGCCCGCUACUCGUCCAGGCAGAACACAAACAAGAUCAGGUUCUAUAGGAAGUUUUCGCGCCGGCUCUCCUCUACCUACCCUUCCAUCUAAUCGAGCCUUAUCCUCAACUUUACGUCGUGUAUCCACUCAACAUCAUUACCAAACCUUUCCGACGCCGCCACCGAGGAACGCUGGCAGAAGACCGGAUACAGGUUCUAGUUCCUCCGAAUCCCAAGCCCACGAUCACCAUGGCGCAAAAACACCGUUACCUGUUAAGCAGCUUGCCCUCUUGGCCCUCCUAUCUUUAUCCGAACAGACGGCUCUCAACUCUAUAUCGCCCUAUCUACCCGAAAUGAUCGAGUCCUUCCCCGGUGUUAGCCACGAUGAAGUCGGUUUAUACGUUGGUCUAUUGGCCUCCGCAUUUGCUUUGGCCCAACUCGCAACCAAUCUCUUAUGGGGAUACUUAUCCGACGUGAUCGGGCGUAAACCUGUCAUGUUAUUAGGCACUUUACUACUGUGCUUCUGCUUCGCGGGCUUUGGGUUUUGCACGAGAUAUUUCCAUAUUGUUUUAGCACAUGUGGCUAUGGGAUUGUUCAAUGGAAACGCUGCUGUUGUCCCUACCUGCCUCGGCGAAUUGACUGAUCGAAGCAAUCAAAGCAAGGCUUUCACGUGGUUACCCGUCGUGUAUAGCCUAGGCAGCAUUACAGGUCCCGCCCUUGGGGGCUUGUUAGUGGGCACGAUCGCAAAGGAUAAAUAUCCUUUCCUUGCGCCGAAUGUUCUCGGAGCUUCACUUCUCGCCCUAAGUGUGGUUGUAUUGGGUAUUUGGUUCGAGGAGACCCUAGAAGAUCAGGGGGACAUUCCUAAUUGGCGCGAGCAACUUCCGUGGCUAUUUGGUUCUUCAAAGCAAACACAACCCGGAUCUAAGCGCUCAUGGACUUGGCCCGGAGGUAGAGAUGCUGAUAAUGAGCAAAGGGAAGCAAACGAGGAUGAAGCAGGAGAGGAGAGUACUCUUCUUGAGCCUAACGAGGACGAACAAGAUGAAGGCGACCCGAAAUCAACACACGAAGUUACUACGUGGCGCCAACUCUUAAAUCGGACGACCAUAGUUCUACUCAUUACGCAUCUGGUCUUCCAGUUAUCCAACAGCUCCUUCAACAGUCUGUAUCCUAUAUUUGCAUCAGGGGAAACACCCACGGGGCGAGACCUACAUGCAGAUGUUAUCGGAGUCUCGUUAUCUGUUGCUGGGGCGUUUACUAUCCUGUUCCAAUUAUUCCUCUUCGGGCCGUUGAAAUCCCAUUUGGGCAAUGUUCGGUCGUAUCGAGGCUCUUUGCUUGGUUUUGCAGUCACUAUGGCCUUGAUGCCGUUCGUCGGUUACGUGGAUUCUAGCCCACCAUUUGGUGUGGGAGACAGUAAAUUAUGGCUGUACGUGGAAAUCGGAGCGAUACUCAUCAUUAAGAAUAUAUGUGCCGUUGGUGGCCUAUCUAGCGUUAUGCUAUUAAUAACCAACUCAGCGCCGACUCACGCGAGUUUGGGUAGGCUCAAUGGCAUCGCGCAAACCCUCUCGGCCGCCGGAAGAAGCGUAGGCCCUUUCCUCUCGGGUGGACUCUUCACAGUCUCGACACACGUCCAACCCAAAGGCGAAGCUCUUGCCUGGGGGCUAUUCGCGGGGAUAGCCCUCGCAGGAUGGCUGGGGAGUUACGCGAUUCAUGGCGAAGGACUCGAGAGCACCGAUGACGGCUAUGAAGAGGAGGUAAACCCUGAGGAACCCACGGACAAUGCUCCCGCAUGA